UGUCAUUAAUCGAACACAACAACGCGCUAAAAUCCGUGAUAAUCUCGAUUUAAUUCACUAUUUCUAGUUAUAAUACGUGAACUGCGUUUAAAAUGAGUGGUCCUAACGGCAUGUUGUAUGGUGGAGACGAGAUCGGCGCGUUAGUGUUCGAUCCAGGACACCACAGCCUGAGAGUAGGUUAUGCUCAGGAAGAUACUCCGAAAGCUGAUAUCCCGGCCGUUGUUGGAGUCGGGCCGGCUACUCAUAUCCCAGAGAGUGAGGAGAAAGUCCCUGAUGGCAAUGUUACUCAGAGCGGAACCAAAGCGGGGAAUGAGCUCCGGCACUACAUUGAUGUCACGGAGCUGCAUGUGCCCCGUCCAGGAAUGGAAGUACAGACGUACAUGAAGGACGGACAGAUCGACAACUGGGACUUGUUUGAGAAGAUGCUUGACUAUUGUUAUGCUAAGGUUAUCCGCUCCCCAUCGGAACACCACCCAGCCCUGUUCACCGAAGCAGUGUGGACCACCCGGCCAGCUCGUGAGAAGCUGGCUGAACUUCUCUUCGAGAAGUACCAGGCACCGGCAUUCUUCUUGGUCAAGAAUGCUGUCCUCUGCGCAUUUGCGAAUGGGAAGUCUACGGCCCUGGUGGUCGAUGCUGGAGCUAGUCAGACUUCCGCUGUUCCUGUUAUAGAUGGCUACGCUUUGGUAAAUGCAGCUGUCCGCUCACCAAUCGGAGGAGACCACCUCGCGGCUCAAGCAAAGCAGCUACUGAACAGUAUGCACAUACAGAUGUUGCCAGUAUACAGCAUACAGAGUAAAGAAGUGAUCAGAGAGCGCGAACGGGCCAGAUAUACCCUGAAGACUCUACCAGCCGGUUUGACCCACUCGUGGCAACAGUAUAUGCUCAAACGACAGUAUGAAGACUUCUGUCACUGCAUCGCACAGGUGCCAGAAUCGGCGUACGACGAGCGUGUCUGCGCGACCAUCCCCGGCGUUCACUACGAGUUCCCGGGCGGCUACCACCAAGACUUCGGCGUCGAGCGGUUCAAGAUGGCCGAGUGUCUGUUCGAGCAGAGCCUGGGCGCGCCGCAUCUAGCGUGCGCAGCGGCGGCGGCGUGCGACGCGGACGCGCGGCCGGCGCUGUGGGGCGCCGUGGUGGCGUGCGGCGGCGGCGCCAACACGCCCGGCUGGCUCGAGCGACUCGCCAAAGAAUUGGCGGCGCGCGCGCCCUCCGCGCACCGCCUCAAGUCGCACGCCGCGCCCUCGGCUACGGAGCGCCGGUUCGCCGCUUGGAUCGGUGGUUCCAUCCUAGCAUCGAUCGGGUCAUUCCAACAGAUGUGGAUAUCAUCACAGGAGUAUGACGAGGGCGGCAAGGGGCAACUCGAGAGGAAAUGUCCAUAAAUCUUACAUGUAGGCUUAUAAAAUAGUGGUAGCUUAUUCAUAAGUAUUAGAUUAAAUGUGACGUUUGCUAUAAAAGGUAACGCAUUGUCGCUUGUCAUAGGAGAGCAUUUCUUUUUUUUGCCACAUUUAUGAAGUGUGAUAUUUUUGAAAAAAAAAAGCUAUUUCUACUCAGAAUUACUAGCCUUUUCAAUCCUAGUA